AAUCCUCUGCGGGGGAUGGCGAGCCAAAAGGGGCAGAACACCAGUGACAGCCUAGAGCCACUCUCCAUCCCUGAGCAGUCCAUCGCCCAGGAAGUGGUGGGCCUCUUCUGUAUGGUUCUACUCACCCUCAUUGCCCUGGUGGCCAACACUGUGGUGCUGCUUGUCAUCCUCAAAACUCCUCUUCUCCGGAAGUUCAUCUUUGUCUGCCACCUCUGUGUGGUUGACCUCCUCUGUGCCAUUUUCCUCAUGCCCAUAGGGAUUAUCUCCAGCUCAUCCUGCUUCAGCAGGGUGAUCUACAGCAUUACUGAGUGCAAGGCCUUGAUAUUCCUGAAGAUCUGCUUCACCAGUGCCUCCAUCCUGACCAUCUGCAUCAUCAGUGUGGAGCGGUACUACUACAUUGUCCACCCCAUGAGGUACGAGGUCAAGAUGACUAUCAGGCUGGCGGUGGUCGGAGUGAUCUUCAUUUGGGUCAAGUCUGUUCUCAUCACUGUCUUGGCACUGGUGGGCUGGCCACAAGGCAAUGGGGCCACCAGUGCCAGCCGCUGCACAGUCUACUGGAGCCCUGGGGCCCACAAGGAGGUUUUUGUGAUCAUGUUCAGCAUCGCCUGCUUUGUUCUGCCCACCAUCAUCAUCUUUGCUGUCUACUGCAGUAUCUACCGAGUGGCCUGUCUGGCAUCCCUGCAGGCUACACCUGCACUGGCACAGGCAGUCGUGCCAAGGCACAGAUGCGACUCCAUUGCCAGCCAAGUGGCCGUCAUAACCACCAGGAACCUGCCACUGCCCAGGCUGACACCAGAGCGCUUUUUGGGAAGCAACAAGGCCAUCCUCACUCUGGUCCUCAUAGUGGGACAGUUCUUGUGCUGCUGGCUGCCCUUCUUCACCUUCCACUUGCGCUCCUCUGUUGCUGCUGGCACGGUGGGCAGCGGGCACGGGGAAAUGGUGGUCACCUGGAUUGCCUACUCCUCCUUUGCCAUCAACCCUUUCUUCUACGGGCUGCUGAACCGCCAGAUCCGUGCAGAGCUGGCUCGGCUGCGGCGCAGCUGUCUGAACCGGCCGCUGGCCCAGGAGAUCUGUCUUUCCAUCUCAGAGGCUCUUGUCCAGGAGAACUUCCUGCACUUCCUCCAGAGAGCAACUUGCACACUGGAGACCCACGCCAGCUGCAUUAUUCCCAGCCCCAGGAACAGGAACAGGUUGGACCAGACCAAGAUAGGCAUCCCUAUCCCAGGUCAAGUUCCCGAUGGGAGCAGCUGA